AUGGCGACCAUUAUCACUACCAACCCAGACCCGCACUACAACAGACUCGAAGAAGCAAAGAAAUUAGAUGAAACCAAAACUGGAGUCAAGGGUCUCGUCGAUUCUGGCAUAACUAUCAUUCCUCGCAUCUUCCACAACCCACCGCAAAACCAGCCCAUUCGAAUAUUCAAAGCCCAAAACCCCAAACUAUCACUCCCCAUUGUCGACCUCUCUGGCCACCGGUCAAUGGUGGUUGAUCAGAUUCAUCAUGCAGCCUCAACCUUUGGGUUCUUCCAAAUAAUGAACCAUGGCAUACCAAAAAGUUCCAUGGACCAUAUGCUUUCAUCUAUCAAGUCGUUCCAUGAAUUACCAGAGACCACUAAGAUGCAAUAUUAUAGUAGGGACACGUCUCAUGGUGUAACUUACUUUACUAACUUUGAUUUGUACAAGUGCAAGGAGGCUAAUUGGAGGGAUUCACUAGAGGUCCACUUGGGACCCACACCUCUGGAACGAGAAUACGUUCCAGAGGUAUGCAGGGAAGCAUUGGUAGAGUGGGACGGCAGGGUGGUGAAGUUGGGGGAGGAGUUGAUGGGGAUGUUGUGUGAGGGAUUGGGGGUGGAGAAAGAAAGAUUGAAGAAAAUGUCAUUUUUUGAUAAGAGGAAUAUGUCUGGACAUUACUAUCCGUAUUGUCCCCAACCAGAGUUGACGAUGGGUCUCAAGUGGCAUACGGAUCCAGUGGUGUUGACGGUGUUGUUGGUGAAUGAGGUUACCGGGUUGCAAGUGAAGCAUUGUGAGGAUUGGAUUGAUGUGGAGCCUGUCCCUGGUGGUCUCAUUGUCAACAUUGGUGAUAUGCUUCAGAUGAUAUCCAAUGACGAAUACAAAAGUGUGGAACAUCGAGUGUUAGCCAACCCCAAUCGUAAGCCACGUGUCUCAGUUCCAGUUUUCUUCACUUCAAGCAUGAUAGAGGACUCGUAUGAACCAUUACUAGAACUGGUGUCCUCGGAGAAGCCGGCUGUUUACCAGAAAUUCACAAUCUCAGAUUUUAUGAACAAAUUCUACUCAGAGGAAUUGCAGGGCAAGUCUGUGAUGAAUACCUACAAACACUCGAACAUAUAAGUUCUGAUGUUGGACAUAGGAGGAAGGAAAUCAUAUCUGAUUUGCUUAAAC